ACCCAUGAUGCCGUCCUCUUCCCCCACCGAAUCAUCUGGCAGCGGUGGGACUGAUGACAGCAGGGGAGCCAAGAGUCCUGCACCGGGCAAAGCUCUGAGCCCAGCUCUGGUCUGCAAAGUGUGUGGAGACACCAGCAGCGGGAAACACUAUGGCAUCUAUGCCUGCAAUGGCUGCAGCGGCUUCUUCAAGCGCAGCGUGAGGAGGAGACUCAUUUACAGGUGCCAGGCCGGUACAGGCAUGUGUCCAGUGGACAAGGCUCAUCGUAACCAGUGCCAGGCAUGUCGGCUGAAAAAGUGCCUGCAGGCGGGCAUGAAUAAGGACGCAGUUCAGAACGAGCGGCAGCCCCGCAGUACAGCUCAGGUCCGCCUGGACUCCAUCGAUGUGGACCCGGAGAAGGAGCACCUGGCCACCACACGGGAACCCACCUCUUCUUCCUCCUCCUCCUCUUCCUCAUCUUCUUCAUCAUCCUCCAAUGGGUCUGUCAUCACGUGGCCGCAUAUCACCUCCUCCAUGUCCAUCUCUUCCUCUGUUGCAACCCAGCGCUGCAUCAGUCCCCAGAACAACCACCGCUUUAUGGCAAGCCUCAUGACAGCUGAGACCUGCGCCAAGCUGGAGCCUGAGGAUGUUGAUGAAAACAUAGAUGUGACCAGCAAUGAACCAGAGCGGGCGUCUUCAGAGUACCACAUGGCUUUGUACCCAUCUGGUUCUGAAAAUGUAUACGAGACCUCAGCAAGGCUGCUCUUCAUGUCGGUGAAAUGGGCCAAGAACCUGCCCGUGUUCUCCAACCUGCCCUUCAGAGACCAGGUCAUCCUGCUCGAGGAAGCAUGGAGUGAACUCUUCCUCCUCUGCGCCAUCCAGUGGUCGUUGCCACUAGACAGCUGCCCACUGCUGUCUUUGCCAGACCUCUGCCCUGGCAUGCAGGGAAAAACCAGCUACACCAGCCUGGACCUGCGCCUCCUACAGGAGGUCUUCAGCCGCUUCAAGGCCCUCGCUGUUGAUCCCACCGAGUUUGCCUGCCUGAAGGCCAUUGUGCUCUUCAAGCCAGAGACUCGAGGUUUGAAAGAUCCAGAACAAGUGGAGAACCUGCAGGAUCAGUCGCAAGUCAUGCUGGGACAACACAUACGGUCACACUACCCUAACCAACCAGCCAGGUAA